AUGGAUAUGACAUGCAUAUUCGGAGUUGCUGGGUCAAGCAACGACAUCAAUGUAUUGAGUAGAUCAAAUUUGUUUCAAGAAAAGUUGCAAGGAAAAGCUCCAGAGUUUCAUUUCACUGUCAAUCAAACCAAUUAUGAUAUGGGGUACUAUCUUACCGAUGGUAUAUAUCCAGAGUGGGCUGCAUUUGUCAAGACCUUUACACAACCUCAAGACCCUAAAAGGCUUCUAUUCAAGCAAAGACAUGAGAGUGCAAGAAAAGAUGUUAAACGAGCAUUUGGAGUACUUCAAGCUCGCUUUGCAAUAGUUCGUGGAGCAGCACGUUGUUGGCAUAAAAGUAGACUCUACGACAUAAUGGAUGCAUGUAUUAUAUUGAAUAACAUGAUUGUUGAAGAUGAACACCACACAUACUCCAAAAACUUUGAUCAAGGUGAUUUUUCACCAACAACUGUCGAAGAUGUUCAUCAUGGGCAUGCAUUGGAUUUUCAAGCACUUCUUGAAACAGAUGUAGCCAUUCUAGAUAGACAAAUGCAUAAUCAACUAGAGGCGGGUCUAGUGGAGCAUAUUUGGAGUCGUUUUGGAGGCCUAGACCUUAAUUAA